AUGACGACACAAACAAAUAUUUAUUCUCAAUGUCGAAAUAAAUUGAUAAAUUACAUCAAGAAUUUGAAUUUAUAUGAUGAUCAUGAGGAUUUAAAUUUAGUUGAUCAACUGUUAUCUACACGUGUUUUUAUUAUUUUACUUUUUCUCAGUUUAUUAAUAAUAUUAUCAUUGACAAUAAUUAUUCCUCAAACACGUUUUAUUACUGUUAAUUCACCAUCUUCAAAUGAUUUCGAAAUUUUAUUUAAUAGUUAUACAACAAAAGUUCUGUGUCAAUGUUCUCAAACAUCAAUUCCUUAUUCCCAAUUUGUAUCAUUAAAUCCUCAAUUUCAUCAAAUUUGUUCAAGUGAUUUUAUUAGUGAACAAUGGUUUUCUUCUUUAUUUAAUAUAAAUACAAUAAAUUAUUAUCCACUUGAUUUUCGUUUGAUCGCUUCUUCACAAUUUCAAGUUUUAUCAAUUCUUUGUAAAAUCUCACGUCAAGCUGUAAAUGAUGCAUUAAGACAAUUUAUUACAAAAACAAUAAUAUCAUCAAAUGCAUUGUCACCUGAUGUUCUUAAUACUUCUAUAGAUAUGUCAAUUGAACAAUUAAAGAAAAAUACACUUGACAGUUAUCGUUUAUAUUAUUAUUUUAUAUUAUCACUUAUCUCAGAAUAUCGUUUUAAAUCUGCAUUAAGAACAAAUUUCUAUACAAGAAAUGUUCCCGAUUCUAAUAUUUUUGAAACAUUUUCUGGAAUUUAUCCAAAAGAAAUUGAAUUAAUUAAAUCAUCAUUUCUAAUAAAUGAAACAUGUCGAUGUGAUAAAACAAAUGAUUGUAUUUAUCCAGCUGGUAUUUAUAAUAAAAGCCGAUCUAUUAUUCCAAAUGAAGUAUUUUCUUUUGAUACAUUACCUUUAUUUAUAAUACCAGGUUUUCAAGUUGGAUGUUUACCAUUAAAUGCAUUAUUUCAAUCAACAUUAGAAUGUUUUUAUAAUCAAUCAUGUUUAAAUAUUCUGAUUUCAUUAACUAAUGCUCUACAAAAUGUUUCACCUCUCAAUAUUUCAAACUCUUUUUCAAAAUUUAAUCCAAAAACAACAAUUGCUGUUCUUUUUGAUAAUUUAAUGGUUGAAUCUUGGGAUAAUUCAACUAAUUUCGGUGCCUAUUUCCAAACUUGUGCACCUAAAACUUGUUCAUAUUCUUAUGAACAACGUUUUUAUCUUAUAUAUUUGAUAACAACAAUAGCGAGUAUCUUUGGUGGAAUUCGUGUAGUUUUAUAUACAUUAUCUCCAUUAUUUGUCAAAUUCAUUUUACGUUUAUGUCGCCGACGGACUUUAAUACAACAAACUCAAGAACAAUAUGAACCAAAACAAAGCUUCCAAACUCGUAUAUUGAAUAUUCUUAAGCUAAUUCGUGAUAAAAUACUGACAUUAAAUUUAUUCAAGACAACUUUCACCGAAGUUCAACAUGGAAUUUAUGCUACUCGUAUUUAUAUUAUAUUGUUAAUGUUUGGUAUUUUCAUUUUGACUAUUUAUUCUACUAGAAUAAUUAUUUCACAACAAAUAAUCGUUCAAAAUCCAAGUUUAAAUGAAUUUGAACAUCUUUAUAAUAUAAAUGCAUUGUCUUUAUCGUGUCCAUGUCAAAAUUCAUUGAUACAACGUUCAAAAUUUAUAUCUAUUCAAGUAAAACUUCAUCCAUUUUGUUCAAGUAAUUUUAUUCGUGAUGAUCGUUGGUUUCAAUAUUGGACAAUGACAUUUCUUAAUGGUACAAUUGAUCUUAAUCCACCAUUUUAUUGGAUUGAUUUUCGCAAAAAUGGAUGGAAAUUUUUUAAUUAUGUUAAAAUAUUAUGUGAUUUUUUCAAUGUAACUUUAUACAAUAUGAUGAAUUCAUCUCAACAAGAAUAUUUUUUCUCAUCUCAACCAAUUAUUCAAUUAGAAUUCAAUAAAACAAUUGAUAAUUGGAAAAUAUUUCUUCAAAGUCAGAUAACCAAUAUUUACACUGACAAAUUACAACCAGUUGAAGAAAGUAUUAAAAAGAGUGGAGCAAUUUCAUUUGAUUUUAUGAAUCCAUUGAUUACUAAACAGAUAAAUAAUAAAUGGAUUCUCGAAUAUGCUGAAGGUAAUACGGAUGAUAUAUUCAAUACAUCAUGUUAUUGUCAACAAUUUGUUAGUUGUUUAAAACCAUUGGGUUUUUAUUGUUAUCCAUCAUCAUGUACACAAAUAAUUAUUCCUAAUUUAUUUAUUGGUUGUCAAUCUUUAGAUAUAACAUCUUCCACAUUAGAAUGUUUUUAUGAAGAAUCUUGUGUUCAGAUGCUUAUUAAUUAUCGUCUUUAUGGUUAUGAAAAUAUUUAUUUACCAAUUGAUUUGAGUAAUAUAAAAGCACUUGAUCCAAACGAAAUCAUUGCAUUUCGAUCUGAAGAUACAUUAGGAGUGAUAAAAGAAUCUUCUUUUCUUAAUCAAUGGAUAUAUACAGUCAAGUGGGGUAAUUCGGAUCAAAUUUUCAAAAAUUCAUCUUGUUUGUUUUCGUCCUUCUCUGUUAUACAUCGUACGGACGAAAUUUUUAUAAGAGAAGUAGAGUGGGGUUUUCUCUAUCAAAU